AUGGUCGGAGUGGCGCAGGGAUCUCGCAGCUUUCACUUCUGGAGAAGCUUGACAUGCUGUUGCCUUGGAGGAUGUGUCGCAGAACUGGUGGUGAACAUCAGGCCGCCGGUGUUGGUCGCCACCAACAUGGUGAAGGACAAUACCUCAACAAGGAUGGUUUUGCGGGAUGGUGAUACACCAGAAUCUUUGGCUGCCGCGGGAUGUCUUCAUUUAAAUGCCACUGGGGCAGGCUGCUCAGAAUCGGAUGUCCACGCAAUAAAGGACGGGCUUGAGGGCGAACUGAUGCACUUCAAAAACCUAAGCAUCGGAGGGCAGGUCAUGAAGCACAUAAGCUUUGGUUGGUAUCUACUCCUCUCACACAGAGCUAUAGCGGAAGCUCGUCUACACUUUGCAGCAGCUAUUGCCAAAUUUCCUGAAAGCAAUUUUCUCUUGAGGGAGCUUGCAGCUGCAGCGGUGCUCGGUGAUGCACUGCCUCAACCUGGAGAUGAUGGCCACACAUUGCAUAGAACUGCGGAUGGUACCUGGGCCCAUGUCACGCCUCCGGAGCCAGCCUUCUAUGCGAUCACUUGUGAUGUUUGGGAGACCUAUGCAGCCAUUCGAUUCCAGAGGCCAAAAGCCUUUCUGAGCGAGAUAGAGCCAGAGCUGUUGGCAGCAGGCAUGUCACCGCAUGCUUUCAUCCCUUCCGUGCAGAUUGGUAGUGGAAGCGCCCCUUCUGGCUUGAUUUUGGAACAUCGGCUGGUCCAUGACAUUGAACUCUUGAAGCUCCUGCAUGGCAUGGACUUCCUAGCGCCAGGGGUUGCUUUGCAAGCGAUUGAGGCCUGUAAUCGCACCUUACGUUCAGCUCCACGAGCCAGAGAAGGCGUUCUACAACCCACCGUUGAUCAAUGGCAUGGCCUUUUCCCUUUUUACAACCGACGGCUUCAUGUCCAUCCAUGUCCACGUUUGGAGCAAGCACUGAAACCUGCUGUGGAAAUGACCAUGCAGCUUUUGCACAGCCCUUCUAGAAGAGCACAAACCCGCGCAGGGGGGGUCCUGAGCACUGGCGGUGUUCUUGUCAUUGACGAUAUUUUGACACAUACCGCCUUGACUGAGCUUCGGGAUUUCGCAGAGCUUUCCACUGUUUGGUACCAAGAGCGUGACAACUCUCUGGGCGCAGCACUGAACACAGGAUUUUCGACACCACUCUUGGCACAGAUUGCAGAGGGAUUGAGGGAACUUCUUGGUGAUGUGCUGUGUGAUCUGCCGCUUACAGACCUCAGAGCCAUCAAAUUCAAUCAGGAACUGCCGGCUUCAAUCCGCUUACAGGCAGAUCAAGCUGCUGUGACGGUGAACCUUUGGAUUACGCCAGGUUCUGCAGACCUAAAGGACUCCAAUGGAGGCUUGACUGUGUACGAUGCCUCAGUCGAAAUGGACAACUCGAUAAAUGACAAACGGAUGCUUGAGGACUUGGUUCAGCAGCUGGAUGGAGAGCAUGUUUCUGUGCCAUACCGCCAGAACCGUGCUAUUGUAUUUGAGAGUUCCCGAGUCUAUUCCAUGCAAGAGUUCACAUCUCGAGAGUCAGAGAUGCGUCGGUCAAGGCGUAUCAACGUAUCGUUCCUUUUUGGACUCAGGGGGCUGCAUUGUGCUCAACGUCGCGUAGCACGUAUCGUACUGGAGGAUCAAAGUGCAAAGCAGCAGUGA